UUCUUUUUACGACAGAACUUUCCAGAAGAGUUGUGGUGAGAGAUCUUUUGCAGCUUUUAUGAUGAAACCCAGGUACAGUGGAGCAAACUUGAAGAAGCAGAAGCGUGGGAGCAGAAAAUCCCGGAAAUCCACCCAGGCUUAUUCCAACUACAUUUACAAGCUUAAGAAGACGAGCCCCGCCGUGACCGACACCGCUGCAGUACCCGGAUGGCUGCGCGCAGACCUGUGCACGCGCCUAGGUCCGGAAGCCGCGCGCCUCGCCAAACUCAACCGGCGCGGCACGAUCACGCAGCGCGAGGUGUGCUCUGCUGUGCGCGCGCUGAGGAAGGUCACGCGGAGCACGACCGCGCAUGCGCAUUGACUUUUCUUUUUUUUUUUUUUUUUGCCUUUACCAUCUUUUUAGUUUUUAUGG